AUGCAGUACCUGCGCUCACUGUUCUUGACACCAGACGAGGCCCUUUCACGGGAGCGGGUGCGAAACGAAAUCGCGCUGGAGAAUUUAGCAAAGGCGCGUCUGCAACUAAGGAGCGAGGAAGACCGUCUAGAGAAGGAGGUGGCGGAGCUAGACAAUGAAUUGCAGGCGAAGCGCAGCGCGCUCGCCGCUGUGGCGAGACCGAUGCUGAAUGAGUUUGAUGAAGUCUCACUGGCGCAGCACUACUACCAAGAGGUAUCGAACAUAGCAGCGAGCCACCUGCGCAUUGUGUCGCAGCUCGCCGACCGCGAGCUCGGCGAGUUUGGCUACGUCAGCAAGAAGCUGAUUUCCGUCGGCCUUAACUACGAGGUGCUGAAGCUGCGUAUGGCAAGCGGGGGACCAUUCAGAAGCGAGCUCUCCACCGUCCUCAAGGACGCUGAAAGCGAUGACUUGACGCUCAUUGCUGCACCGCUUCAGAGGGUGAUGAAUAUCCCUCCUGCCGCUGCAGUUCGGGCCACCGCCUUCGAUCUCGCUCGCGCCAUUGAGGAGGCCGGCAAAGGGCCGGCGCGCGAGCCGGUGCGUGGGUGGCUGGACUUCCUGAAGUUCCGCACGUCCUUUAGCCCGACAAUGCUUGAGAUGCGGCAAGUGCGUGCCCGCCGUGCCGCUGCGCGGUUUCUUGGCCAUGUGGAGCAGGGCGAGUAUCACCUGGCGAUGGGUGUUGCCGAGGAGAUUUACACAGAGGCGAGGCGUGAGGUGGUGGCGAACGAGGCGCUGCUCACGAUAGCCUUUGAGGCAUUUAGGAAUAAUGUACUUCCAAACAUCGCGUCGGAUGUUUUUUCACGCUACGCCCGAGCCUCACUCGACGCGUCUCGGUAUGCCUGUGUGGAGAAGAUGUUAAAGGAGUAG